AUGGGCAAUAACAGCACUUUCAGGUACUCCCGGGCUAAGAACUAUUUUGUUGCCGGAGGUUGUGACAACCAGGCCUUGAUGGUCCUCGAUGGUAACCCAGGGGAGGUCCUAGGAUGCAAGUCUUCCUGUGACGGCGGCAGACAUAGGACUCUCGGGCAUUACUACUGCCAUUCUGGUACCCGUGGUUGUUGUAUGACUCCGAUCACCAAUAAUGUCGGCAAAUACAGUGUGGAAUUCAAGUCUUACGAGGGCAAAGCCAUAGCGCCAGGGGGUGCGAAAUGCAGGUUCGCGUUCUUGGUGGAGGCUGCAUGGUGGUCUCGAGCUCAUCUGAAUAGUUUACCACUGGAUGUUCCGGUGGUGCUUGAAUGGGCGAUCACCCCUGAUGAGGAAAAGCUGCUGAGCAAACGAAGCAAUGGGCACAGUAAUAAAAACUCCGUCUCCUGCCAAACGCUCAAGGAUUCUUUUCAUAUAUCUUGUGCUUGCAAUCCAGGCUACGAAGGGAAUUCUUUUCUUCCCCUUGGAUGCCAAGGUGUGGGCACCAGUGUCGCAGCCGUAGUAUUAUCUUUGCUUCCUUGGUGGUCGUACGAGUUCAUCAAAAGAAGGCGCGCGGCAAAGCUCAAGCAAAAGUUCUUCAAACGUAAUGGCGGACUUAUCUUGCAACAACGCCUAUCUUCUGUUGAAGACAAUCACACGGCGAAAGGCAAGUUAUUCACCUCAUUGGAGUUAGACAUGGCUACGGACCAUUUUAAUGAGAACCGGAUACUAGGUCAUGGUGCUCAAGGAACAGUUUAUAAGGGAAUGUUGACAGAUGGAGCAAUCAUUGCGGUCAAGAAAUCCAAAGUUGUUGAUGCAGAGCAAGUCGAACAGUUUGUCAAUGAGAUCGUUAUUCUCUCUGAAAUCAAUCAUAGAAAUGUGGUCAAGCUGUUGGGAUUCUGUCUGGAGAGUGAAGUCCCUCUUUUGGUAUAUGAAUUUGUUCCCAAUGGAACUCUCUACCAAUAUCUUCAUAAUCCAUGUGGAGGAUUUCCUGUGCCGUGGGAGGCACGGUUAAGAAUCGCCAAUGAAGUUGCUGGAGCUCUUUUGUAUUUGCACUCUAUUGCGGCCAUUCCCAUUUAUCAUCGUGAUAUCAAGUCGUCGAAUAUACUUUUGGAUGAAAAAUAUCAAGCCAAAGUGGCGGAUUUUGGAGCUUCCAGAUCAAUUACCAUUGACCAAACUCACUUGACCACAAAGGUGCAAGGAACCUUCGGAUACUUGGACCCCGAAUACUUCCGAACAAGUCAAUUUACGGACAAGAGCGAUGUCUAUAGCUUUGGGGUUGUCCUUGUCGAGCUACUAACAGGAGAAAAGCCAAUUUCUCAAUCGAGGGCAGAAGAGGGCAGAAGUUUAGCCAUGUACUUCAUCAUUUCAAUGGAGGAGAAUUGCCUGUUCGACGUUCUUGACAAGGAGGUAUUAGAUCAAGGCAAGAAAGAAGAAAUUGUUAUUGUGUCUAAUUUGGCAAAAAGAUGCUUAAACCUUAACAGAAGAUAUCGACCUACAAUGAAGGAAGUGGCAAUGGAAUUGGAGCAAGUAAGAUCCCUCGAAAAUCCUGUGGUUGCUUGGCAAAAUGAUGAAUAG